AUGGAGAGAUUCAAUAAACGGAAGUUUCUAAUAGUGCCUCAAAAUCCUUCCAAAAAUUUUGAAACCGACUUUUUUAAUCUUGAACAACUAUAUUUUAUUAGCGAUCUUUUACUUGUGUUACCAACAAAUCAUGAUACAAUUUUUGAUUUAAAAACUCACAAAUAUGUUGGUCUUUCAGACAAUAAUGAACCUGUUCUGAUAGAUAGGUGGUUUGCAAACAAUCAAAGUUUUCUGUUUGGUAAAAACUUGUACCCCAACAAACUGCAAAACCAACUUGGAAGGCCUUUAAAAAUGGCUACUUUUACAUAUGAACCUUAUAGUAUCAUUGGAAACUCAGCUGAAGACCACCACGGUUCUGAAUUAUUGUCAUCGGUCCUUUUUGCCCUUAAAUAUAACAUGACACCAGUUCCUGUAAUUAACGAGAAAGACUACUGGGGUGACAUUUUUCCCAAUUGGUCGGGAAAUGGGCUUUUGGGUAAUUUAGUUGAGGACAAAGCAGAUGUUGGAUUUUCCGCACUUUAUACUUGGGAAUUUUGUUAUCAUUUUUUAGAACUUUCGAAACCUUUGGUGAGAACUGGAAUAACUUGCUUAGUGCCAGCACCUAAAUUAUCACAACGAUGGUUAACUCCUCUAUUUUCUUACUCUUCUCAUCUUUGGUUUUGUGUUAUAUUGACACUUGUGGUCGCUAUUUUCGUCUUAUCACUCGUAAUGUUUUGCUACAACCACAACAAGAUAUUUAAUUUAAAAUAUUCUCCAAAACCUAAAACUACCUACAUUUACUUUUUGAAGUCAGCAGUUACUAUUGUUUUAAAACCGGUUUUUCAACAAUCUGUAUCUUUGAAACGGAUUCCAGUUGAAGUUGCAAGCAAAUUCUUGAUGGGGUUGAUGUUAAUCUUAGAUUUAUUUUUAACUAGUAGUUAUAGCAGUGGUCUUGCAACAGUCAUGACCAUCCCAACAUACGAAAAUGCGAUUAACACCGUUGAAGAUCUUGCCAACAGCGGACUCGACUGGGGAGCUACACAAGACGCUUGGAUUAUGUCAAUACAACAUACUGAAGAGCCAAAUUAUAUUAAAAUCGUAAGCAAAUUCCAUCCCAUAUCGGAAGAAGAACUGUUAAAGUUUUCAAAAAGUGGACAAUUUGGGUUUUCGAUAGAGCGUCUUCCUUCUGAAAAUUACGCCAUUGGAAAUUAUAUUACAGAAGAUACGAUUGAUAACUUUCAUGUCAUGAAAGAAGAUCUCUAUUGGGAGCAAUGCGUUAUGAUGUUGAGAAAAAAUUCUGUUUUAUUACCUGCUCUUGAUUUAUUUAUUUUGAAAAUGUUUGAAGCGGGAUUAAUCUCACAUUGGCAAAAUGAGGCUGUUGAUCUUUAUAUGAAUGCCAAAGUUCAAAAGGCUGUAAAGUUUUACAAGAGCAAUAAAGGACAGGAAAAAAAAGCUGAAAAGUUGCAGUGGAGUCAUGUUGAAGGUCCUUUUGCUCUUUUACUUAUAGGAUACAUUGUUAGUAUUACAUUUUUUAUACUAGAGUUAACAAUUAUGAAAACAGGUGAAAAACAAUUUGAAUUUAUUAUGUAG